UCCAGAGAAAAUUUUGAAUUAUGAAAGUAAAGAUUGAUUCCACUGCAACGCUUCUCCCUAUAUAUUGAAGGGCUUCCCAGACCAAAUUAAUCCUCCCAAAACAGACCAAAGAUAUAUAGUGCGCCAUGAAGAGUUUGCGUGGUAGUCUAAAUGCCGUGGAGAACUAUAAGCCUUACGUUGCAAUGCUCUUUGUACAAUUUGUGUAUGCAGGCAUGGCUUUGUUCUCCAAGGCUGCAAUUUCUAAAGGGAUGAAUUCUCAUGUCUUUGUCGUUUAUCGCCAAGCUUUCGCCUCGGUUUCUUUGGCUCCAUUAGCUUUCUUUCUUGAAAGAAAGGAGGGUGCUCCCCUGUCGUGGAGCUUACUUUUCAAGAUUUUUUUGGUUUCCUUGUGUGGAGUUACUAUGAGCUUGAACCUCUACUAUAUUGCAAUCAGCUAUACCACUGCAACAUUUGCUGCUGCAACUACUAACACAAUUCCUGCCAUUACAUUUGUCAUGGCAGCCUUAUUGAGGAUGGAAAGCAUUUCCAUAAAACAUUUGCAUGGAAUUGCCAAGGUGCUGGGUUCUGUUAUAUGUGUUUCUGGAGUGCUAGUGUUUGCUUUUGUUAAGGGGCCUCCCGUAAACUUUAUGAAUUGGUACCCAUCCAAUGAUCACAAGCAAGUUCAGGAUUCAUCAAAAACUUGUUGCUCCAGAGAGGAGUGGAUAAAAGGUUCUCUUAUCAUGAUCUCAGCAAAUACGCUUUGGUCUCUGUGGCUUGUUUUGCAGGGUCCCAUUGUCAAGCAAUAUCCAGCAAAACUACGCCUUACCACUCUACAAUGCGUGUUUAGCUGCAUACAGUCAGCCUUUUGGGCCAUUGCGGUAGAGAGGAACCCUUCAGCCUGGAAGCUCGGCUGGGAUCUUAAACUUCUGUCGGUUGCCUACUGUGGUAUAAUUGUCACUGGAAUUUCUUUCUGGCUGCAAGUAUGGGUGAUAGAGAAGAAAGGACCACUUUUCACAUCAAUGUUCACUCCGUUGGCACUGAUUAUAACAGCAAUUUUCUCAGCAUUCUUGUGGAAAGAAACCCUUCAUUGGGGAAGUGCUGGUGGGGAUGUUUUGUUGAUGGGUGGGCUUUAUUGUGUAUUAUGGGGCAAGAAGAGAGAAGAAGAUAGGAAAAGCGUAACAACAGAUGAACAGAAUACAGAAACUAAAGAGAAAAUCACUCUGGAGUGCAUUACAAGUCACUGAGUGAUGGGAUGUUCAUGUUGCAUGUGAAUUUCAAGCAUAGGAUUCCCAGUUCCCACGGUGAGGUUUUGAUCCAGAAACAUCUGAAUCCGAAAAGAUCAUCAUCCCAUUGGAGUUUCCCUUUAUAAAGACCGAGUUUAUGGCUUGUAUACCGGUUUUUGUUUUUUCAUUUUCUGUUUUUCGUUUCUUGCAAUCAUGCGUAUAUAUUUUAUUAUGCUGAGAAAAGUAGCCCGUAAUUCCGAUGAUUUUA